AUGGGAGAGCGGGAGCCCAUGAAGGUUCGCCCCUCCUCUGGCCCUCAGGAGGAGGUCUGUGGGGCUCUCAACGUCACGGUGUCCCCGGGGCCUGUGGUUGACUACCUGGAGGGGGAAAAUGCCACUCUCCUCUGCCACGUCUCCCAGAAGAGGCGGAAGGACAGCCUGCUGGCCGUGCGCUGGUUCUUCGCGCGCUCUGAAUCCCAGGAGGUCUUGAUGGUUAAGAUGACCAAGCUCAGGGUGGUGCAGUACUACGGGAACUUCAGCCGCAGUGCCAGUCGGCAGAGGCUGCACCUGCUCGAGGAGCGGCGGGGGGCGCUCUACAGGCUCUCCGUCUUGACCCUCCGGCCAGCGGAUCAAGGGCGUUAUGUCUGCAAAGUCCAGGAAAUCAGCAAGCACAGGAAUAAGUGGACGGCUUGGUCCAACGGCUCCUCGGCGACGGAAAUGAGAGUGAUUUCUCUCAAAGCUUCUGAAGAUUCAUCUUUUGAGAAAAAGAAGAAGACUUGGGCAGUUUUUGAAGAUCUCUACAUGUACGCCGCCCUCGUGUGCUGCCUCGGGAUCCUCAGCAUCCUGCUCUUCCUGUUGGCCAUCGUCUGGCAGUCUGUGUUUAGCAAGAGGAAAUCCAGAGUGAGACAUUAUUUGGUGAAAUGCCCUCAGAACAGCUCAGGGGAGACUGUCACCAGUGUGACCAGCUUGGCUCCACUGCAGCCCAAGAAGGGCAAGAGGCGGAAGGAGAAGGCUGACGUUCCUCCUGCAGUCCCUGCCAAAGCCCCCACUUCUCCACCACUCCAGGGUCGCCCAAGGUUCCUUAAGGACAAAGAAAAGCUAAUUAUUCCAAAGAUAGCCGAGGAAAACUUGACCUACGCUGAGCUGGAGCUGAUCAAGCCCCACCAGGCAGCCAAAGGCCUCCCCACCAGCACGGUGUACGCCCAGAUCCUCUUCGAGGAGAACAAGCUGUAG